AUGGCGAAGGUUCGCAUAAGCAGCGACGUCAUAAAACCGUUUUCCGGCCAGGGCGAUGUGGUGGCAUGCCUAAAAAAGGUCAGGCUGGUGGCAAGACUUCAGCAGGUGGACGAUGUGGCUCGCCUGCUACCAUUGUACCUGGAGGGGGAUGCACUAGCCCUUUACAUGGAGGAAAAUCAGAGAGAUAUUGAUCAGAUCGAAGCCAGGCUGAAGCAGGCAUUUACAGACAACGCGUUUUCAGCGUACAGAAACCUGACUAUGGUCAUGUGGACUGGCGAACGUGUGGACAUCUACGCUAACAAAAUCAGGCAGCUUGUUGGAUUGGCCGAAUUUGAGGAAGCCGAGAUGGAAAGGCUCACCAAACUAGCCUUUGUCAUGAGGUUCCCUGAUACAAUCUCCCUUGAACUCCGACAGGCACCGAAUGUUGAGGCUCUGACUGUGGGGGAGUUAUUAGCAAGAGCGAGAGUGCUGACAACAACCGGAGAUGAAAGUCAGGAUGUAGUUGUGGCUGUGCGCCCACCCCGUAGUGACAGCGCAUCUCCUACCAAGAAUGUCUCACUCACCAGUGUGACAUGCUUCAGAUGCAGUGGCAAAGGCCACGUAGCAAAAGACUGCUGGAAGCACAGAACACACUGCUUGUGA